AUGCACGGUUAUCAAUCAUUCCCCGUCAUCAACCAACACUUUAUCGUUGAUCGCAAAUACCAAUUCCUUCGUGAAAUGGGUCAAGGCGCUUACGGCGUCGUUUGUGCAGCAAAAGAUACAGAAUCAGGUGAACAAGUAGCUAUCAAGAAGGUCUGCCGAAUCUUUGAGAAGAACAUCCUUGCCAAACGUGCCUUACGUGAAGUGAAGCUUCUUAAGCACUUUAACGGACAUGAGAACAUCACCUCCAUCAUCGACAUGGAUAUCGUCAACCUUCAAGACUUUAACGAGCUGUACUUGGUGCAAGAGCUUAUGGAGGCUGAUUUACAUCAAAUCAUUCGUUCUGGACAACCAUUGACCGAUGCCCACUUUCAGUAUUUUGUUUAUCAAAUCUGCCGAGGAUUGAAGUACAUCCAUAGUGCAAAUGUUCUUCAUCGGGACUUGAAGCCAGGAAACUUGCUGGUCAAUGCUGAUUGUGAAUUGAAGAUUUGUGAUUUCGGCUUGGCUCGUGGUUAUUCGGAGAACCCUGAAAGCAAUGCAGCUGGAUUUAUGACGGAAUACGUUGCCACUCGCUGGUAUCGAGCACCUGAAAUCAUGUUGAGCUUCCAGAACUACACAAAAGCGAUUGACAUGUGGUCGGUUGGUUGCAUUUUUGCUGAGAUGCUUGGUGGAAAGCCCCUUUUCAAAGGCCGAGACUAUGUUGAUCAACUCAAUCAAAUCUUGGGUAUUCUUGGUACACCUGAUGAAGAAACUUUACGGCGUGUUGGCAGUGAAAGGGCCCAAGUAUAUAUUCGCAGUUUGCCGCAUAUGCCAAAGAUCUUGUUCCAGAACUUGUAUCCCAGAGCCAACCCAUUGGCCAUUGAUCUAUUGAACAAGUUGCUUGAAUUUGAUCCUGCAAAGCGAAUCACUGUGGAAGAAGCAUUGGCACACCCAUAUCUUAGUGCUUAUCAUGACGUGGAUGACGAGCCUGUACAUACCGAGACCUUUGACUUUUCAUUUGAAGUGGUGGAAUCAAUCGAAGACAUGCGAAAAAUGAUUGCCCAGGAAGUCAUGUCCUUCAAAGCCAGCAAACAAGGAUUGUUGCAGCCUCAACCCAGUGUCAGCUUACGACGAAAGGAGAGUCUGUCAGCGCAGGAUCGCGAAACAUUGGAGAGAAGCCAACAAGUUGCAGCACAAUCACGGACAACGGAUGGCGGUGCGCAAGAUCCACAUGCCGCUGCUGCUAGCGGAUCCGUAGCAGCAUCAACAGUCGCCAACCAUCCAGUGAACCACAUGGAAGUGGACGAGCUUGAACGAGAAUUGAGCGGGCAUAUGUAG